UUUUGAGUUGAAGAUGACAGGUUAAAAUUUUAUGAAACAAGAAUGGAGUCGACAAAGGAGGGGUAUAAAACUGUACCUGUUUGCGGUUCCAAUGGAGUAGGGUGGGUAAGAGAGGGGUCCUUUAGAAAGUUGUUGCCACCCCUCGCCGUUGAAAAAGGGGGCGCCACUGGGACCAACGGGCAAGCACUGUAUAGUGCGUGCAUGCGAGCGGUACCUCACAAGCAAUGGUUUAGUAGUAGUGUUGGGUGCUUGCAAAACGGACUCAGUCUUUAGUUCUUAAUUGUAAAAGAAAGAUUUUAAGGGAUUGGGCACGUUUUUCAGGUGUUUUUGAGUUGCACGCCAUAUUGCAGCGCAAUGUGUCUAACAUCAUCGAUCAUUCCGGCGUAUGCUCUCCGGGUCAUCGCGGAGGCGCGCGGUUGGCGGGCUCCCGUCACGUGAUAUGCUAAUGCUCUUCGACGGGCGGAGUCAGCGCUCAGUUAAACGACAACCCCAAAGAAAAAUUAUUUCCAUCCAAUUCAUCCAAAAAUUAAUGAUCAUGAGUUCGUAUUUGAUGAACUCUCCUGCUUAUAGUGAUCCCAAAUUUCCGCCGACUGAGGAGUACUCACAGGGGAAUUAUAUCCCAAGUCAUGGUGGGGAUUACUACACGCCGUCGCAUCAUCAUCACCAUCACCCCCACCAUCAGCAGCAUCCACAUCAUCAACAUCACCCGCCGAGUCAUCAUCAACAUCCCCAGCAACAUCACCAUCACCAUCCCUAUGCCGGAUACCCAUUGUCCGGCCCCGUUUCUUAUGGACAAGAAAAUGGAAGUCCCGUUUAUGGGAGUCCCGCAGCGGGACAACAUUAUUAUCGACAGCCGCCUCCAUGCGGCAUGGGGCCCGUUUCUCCCCUCUCCCGAACACCCACACUCCCAGUUGAUCAUGUACCCGCGACUAGCCUCAGCCCCGUGCCCCCGCCGGGCCCUCAGCAGCCAUCGCAGCAACAGCGGUCGCCCGUUUCAUCGCCGACACCACCGGGACUACAGAGAAAUCCUCCGCCGUCACUUGGGGGACCUACUUCACCCGACUGUGCUAUAGGUGGCGGCAAUGGAGGCAGUCUGCCGGUAAUUUAUCCCUGGAUGAAAAAAGUACAUGUUGGGACAGGUAAUAAAGGGAAUAUUCAAGGGCACUUUGAAGACAGUUUUGCUGCCAAUGGAAAUUUCCCUGGAGUAGAACCUAAAAGGCAAAGGACAGCCUAUACUCGACACCAGAUCCUAGAAUUGGAAAAAGAAUUCCAUUUCAACAGAUACCUAACUCGGCGAAGAAGAAUAGAGAUUGCUCACGCGUUAUGCCUCUCUGAAAGGCAGAUCAAGAUUUGGUUUCAGAAUCGAAGGAUGAAAUGGAAAAAAGAUAAUAAGUUACCAAAUACGAAGAACGUCAAGAAGAAAAAUCCAAAUAACGCGAAUAACAAUAACAACAACAAUAAUAACGCCAGCAACAACAAUAAUAAUAACAACAACAAUCCGGACCAACAAAAUGCAAAUAGGUUAUCCAAUCCUCAAUCGCAACCACCAAUGUUGCAACCAGUGGUACCACCCCCUCAAGCGACCAAUCAUAUGGUUGGUCCAUCACCUCAUUCUCAACCAAACUCUCUUGGGGUGGACACUAAGACCGAUUAUGGACUAACAGAACUGUGAUGAUCAAGUGUUAAGUCCACAAUUUUUUUCGUGUGUGCGUGUUUGUACUUUCUAACAUUCCAGAACAAUAUAAAUGUAAACAGAACUUGUAAAAAUGUAUGAAAAGCUCUCUGCGGACAAGACUAGACGAUUGCGCAAAUAUAUAGACACGAAUAUAUGUGAAUUCACAUUGGAUUUGAGAUGUUAACAUGCCUUAAAAAGAGAUCAAUCGAAUUAUGUGCUCGAGACUGAUGAUUAUCAUAAUUUCCUUUUUUUUUUGGAAAAUUAGUUCAAUUUCGGGUGCAUCUUAAAGGUUCGAGUAGUGAUAAUGUUCCUUUUAAAGUUUUAUUAAACUAUACAAUUAGUGCAAUACAAAAUAAAGCUGAUGGGUGAUGUAGUUGAAAAACGCACAUCAAGGGAUAUUAUUAAAAUUUUUGUUUGUAUAAAUAUGCAGAAUAUAUAGCAAACAGGGUAUCUUAAGAUUAAAAGGAUUUUGCAUACUAUACAACAUUUGUAAUUAUUUUUGUUUGUUAUUCUAAAAUAUCCACAUCAACAACAAAACUAAAAAAGAACUCUGCUCAAAAAACGAUAUUUAGUUCUGAAAUAUAUGCAAAUUAAAAUGAAGAAUUGCUAAAUGUAUGCAGACUGCGUUGAUUAAAAUGUCCUUCAAUAAUCACUAGAAUUUUACUUCAUCAUUAUGUAUUGUGAAUUAAUGGCACACUAUUCAACGUGACAAGAUACUUUUUAAUUUGAAUGAUUUUUCAAAAAUGCAUUGCUUUCAUUUUAAACUGAAAAUUUUAAUACAAAUGAGCAAUGACUUUAUAUUUUCCCCCAAGGUUUAGUUUUUUUUUCUUUAAUAAACUGACAUAAAUUUCUAAUUUAUGAAUCUAAAAUAAUUUUUUUUUAAUAUUUUCUUUUAAAGAAUAAUUAAACUAUAUAAAACUAAAUAUUGAAAAUAUUUCUCACUUUUUAAUGGAAACAUAUAUUUUUGCGUUUUAAUAGUGAUCAAUUUUUCAUCUUCCAAAUAGCAGAAAAGUAUUCAUUUUUUAAACUAUCUUUCUUAUUUUCAUUUUUCUUUAAAUAAUGUCUUUCCAAAGCAAUUUCUUUGUUGGCAGAAAAUUAGCCUUUAUUUCGAAUAAUAACUUACACUUUUUUUCUUCUUCAAAAAGUGUGAGUUAAAAUGUUGUAUGUAGAAAUGAUUAUUACAGAUGUCAAACAAUAGCUUCUUUCCUGAUAGACACGUUUAGUUCAAAGUUAAAACGCACUCACCUUGAAUUUAAUUAUGAGAUUAGAAGCGGAAAUGUUAUCUGGGAGAGUUUGUGGCUACUGUCGUUCUUCAAUGUAGUGGCAAAAAAUUCUUAGAAAUAUAUUUAUAUUAAUAUUUUUAAUUUAUAUUCCAACUCAAUCUAUGUAUAUAAAUGCACAAAAAUGUAUAAUUAUGAGAUUUAUAAUAUAUAAAUUCAUAACUUAAUUUUUUAUUUAAAUUUCAUUAUUAAACAUAUUUUUCACAUGCUGACAAGGAAAAUUGGUAUUUUGAAUAGAUAAUUAGUACCUGUCAUAUUUGCUCUAAAACAAUAAUGUUAAUUUCCCUCUUUAAUCAUAUUAAGCGACAUAUUAUUUAUUGACCCAUCAGAUGUUUCAGUUUUAUAGUGAAAUGUUUUAAAUUGAUCGAAUUAUGAAAGCAAAUGCGUUUAUCAAGUAUUAAAAGAGACAUGAUUUCAAUUUUAGAGGAGAGUUAGAGAAUUUUAAAUCUCCUUUUUAUAACUUUUUUUUAAUGAAAUAAUAAAUUACUAUAAUUAGAUCGGUAACUCUUUGACACAGAUUACUGAAUUGUUAAAAUGCGGAAAACACUUUGAACAGCGUGUUUAUCAUAAAUAAUUAAAUUCAGUUUGAUUGGAAAGAAAGUUCAUUAUCUCACUCUAAUUGGUUCAAGGAUGCGCCAUAAUGUUGUUAUUUAAAAUGAUAUGAUUCAAAUUUUUCCUAACAAUAUCAUGAAUUUGCUUAAUUUGCGUAAUCAUGUGUGAAAAAGGAGAAAUGUCACUUUAGUUCAGUAUAACACCAUUCCGAGGAUGUAGCACAUUUAUCCAUUGUUAUUAUUCAAUCUGCACUAAAAUUUAUAUAACAGUGAUCCAACUAAAAUUUAUGCAUUGAACAAACCAUACGUUGAUAACAUUGGUCCAUAAUAUCAACCAAAUGUGAUGAAACCUUUGCUUUCACAUUUUCGUAACCUGAAACCAUAUUAUUUAGAAAAUAAUUCUUCUAACAAAGAAUUAUCUAAUAUUAUUGCUCAAUUUGAACAGAAACAUAGUUCAGCUAUUAAGAUUGCUUCAAAUGUUAACAAUAUUGUGGUUCAAAUCUUUUGAGAUUCAACCUUGGGCCAAUUAUCUGAGUGUGUUGUGAGCUUAUAUAUUACCGGUGACAAUCUUGACAUUUUUUUUUUGUUUUUUUUUUUUCCGAAAAAUGUAUUUCACUAAGAAAAGAAAAGGCUAACAGCCUAUGUUAAAAGUUUUAUUAAUGAUUCGCAGAGUAAAAUAUCCUCUGUUCAGUUAUCAUCCUUUAAGAUGCACCCAUCAUCCUAAGGCUAAGUGAGAUACCAUAUUUGCGAGUGUACAGUUUGUUCGUUCAAUUUUGGAAAUAAUUUCAUCAGCAUGGAUACACAUGCAAAUCUUAUUACUGCCUGUUCAUCUAGAAGUGUACAGUUGGAUCAACCUUCCCCUUCGUUAACGUCCACUACUUUUGUACGAACGACACUUUCAAUUCUGCAUUUAAUCGCUCAAAAAAUUGUGGUGAGUUAUUGCAGAAAGUACAUUCGUCUAGUUUCGUACAACAUAAAGGGACAUCAUGAAAAAGGUUAUAAGAUGAAAACCAUGCUGGAUUAAAUAACAUGAUUCGUGUCAUUUCUUUUCUUACAAGGCAUCACUAAAAAUCAUGAAUCUAAAAACUGUCAGGUGCCAGCAAAAUUUGGAAUAUUUGUGAGGCAAAUAUAAGUUAUUUCAGGCAUGUACCAAAAGAAAGAUGUUUUAAUGACUUUGAAUUAUUUUUCUUAAAGCACUGCAUGUGGCAAGGGAAAAAAAAGUUGCAAUCAGUUACACGUUUUACAAUUGUUACAUCAUAAUUUACAUUUCCCAUGAUUCAUCUGAAAGAAUUAAAGUUCAAAUAGUGAAAUAAUUGUAUGCGCAUUAAAUAAUCAUUUGUUUUUCAUCGAAUUACUUAUAAAUUCAUUGCAACUGCUACCUUGUUAUUUAAGUAAGUAUUUAAACUCUGCUUUAAUAACUGUCUCAGGGGUAUUUAUAUGUGUGUACUCUGUACUGAUUGUUGUACUUGCUGAGCAGAGUCAUUUUUAUGCCUUUUCCUGAAAUGUUUUGUUUGUUUUAUAAAUAUUGUUGAUUAUAUUGUUAUUUUUAUUGUUACGUAAAAUUGUUGAGUGCAUUUGACAAAUUCAUGCAAAUUUUUAGGUUGCAGUCCUUUUUUUUUUUUUUUUUUUUUUUUUCUUAAAAAUAUAUUUGUAAGCGAGUAACAAUUUUUUCGUAAACCUUUUUAUAAUAAAACAAAUAAUGCUACUUUACCCAAAA